UGUUGUGGUUGCUGUGCUGUUGGGCUGUAGACAUGGCGACUGCCGGAGCAGCUGUGGACGACUGGAGGGAAGACCUGACGUGCGCCAUCUGUUUGGAUUUCUUCAAGGACGCCGUCGUGCUGAAAUGCGGCCACAGCUUCUGUCGAUACUGCAUCUGCAUGCACUGGGAUGAAAAUGGCGGAGACUUCGGGUAUCAGUGUCCUCAGUGUCGAGCUGUGUUCAACAAGAGGACUCUCACUAAAAACUACCUGGUGCAGAGCCUGGUCUCCAAACUGGACGACAUGGAGCGACUUGGCUCUUGUCCUUCACAAUCAAAACCGGUCAAAGUGGACGGGCAGUGUGAGCAACACGGCGAGGAGCUGAAGCUGUACUGCCAGACUGACAAGAUGCCCAUCUGUGUCGUCUGCAGGGAGUCCAGAGCUCACAGACAUCACGAGGUGGCGCCGAUACCAGAAGUCGUGAAUGAGAUGAAGAUGGAGUUAAAACUGAGACUGAUGGAGCUCAACUGGCAAAAGUCAAAAUGUGCAAAAGUCAGAAGUGCCGACGAGCGCACAAAAAAUGACGUCAAGUUGAGUAAACAACGACUGAAGGACAAGAUCGAAUCCGAUGUUGGCGCCUUGGUCCAGUUCUUGCUCGAUGAGAGGGACUCCCUGCUCGACAGCCUGGACGCUGAAGAAGUGGCGACCUUGGCCCUGUUGGACGACAACUUGAAGACUGUGGAGGAAGAAGCAGCAGCUGUAGACAAAGCCAUAGCGGAGAUCCACGACCACAUCGGUGGGAAAAGCAGCUUCGAGAGUCUUGCAAAGAGUUACAGAGAAGCGAUCCACUGCAAGCCCUUCAAGCCUCUGGAGGCAGUCGUGUGUUCGGCGGACAUGCCGGACUUCUCGGAGCCCUUCCAGCUCAUCAUGUGGAAGAAGAUGAUGCACGUGCUGCACAACAUGCCCCAGAACCUCACCCUGGACCCGGACACGGCUCACCAGUACUUGCUCAUCACAGACUUUGACACCAAAGUGGAGGAGAGCUGCAUCCGCCACCAGGAGCCCGACCUGCCCGCCCGCUUCACCCGCUUCUUCGGCGUGCUCGCCACGGCCCAGUACUCCAGCGGCCAGCACUACUGGGAGGUGGACGUGCGGGACAAGGGCGUGUGGUACCUGGGAGUCACCACCGAGAGCAGCAACAGGAAGGGCUUCGUCUGCCUCUCGCCGUCCUCGGGCUACUGGAGCCUGUGCCUGCAGGACCGGCUCUACGCCAACGGCGACGACGGCCGCAUCCCGGUCGCCGACUACUGGAACUCCCCCCGCGUCGGCGUGUUCCUCGACUACGACAGCGGGCGCCUCAGUUUCUACGACGCCGUGACGAUGAAGCGGCUGUUCACCUUCGACACGUGCUUCGACGAGCCGGUGUACCCCUUCUUCAGCCCGGGGAAGAACGACCCGGGCAGCCGGCUGCAGAUCUGCCACUAUUACUGAGACAGGCCGAUCAGCGUGGUCGUUAAUAAAGCUUAAAAUGUGCCGACGUUUAUUGGCGAGGCUCCCAGACAUGGCAGCAGAAGUCACAGGGUGGCGUGGCCUCGGAGUCACGCACUCGAUACAAACGAACAGAUUCUCAUCGGUCUUAUUGUUAGGGAAGAAAGAGCACGGCGUCUCGUCACACGUUACUCCAGACACGUACUGUAGGCCUACACCCCCCCCCCCCCGACGGCGGUCCGGGGGUCUGGACAGGUGCUUCAUCUGCGCCCCGCUGUCUUUAUGGGGUUGCAGACGUGCUUUCAGCAACUUUCUACACCAAACUGUUGGACGUUAGCGCACGUUGGUUUUACGCCAGGCGGGUUUGUGCCGUUGUCUUUUCAGAUCUCCCCUUUUUUUUUUUUUUUUUUUCAAUCCGUGGCCAAAGCAUUGCGUAAAAAUAUGAGGCUUGUAAGACAGAAUUGCUGAAUUUGAUCAAAGUUGAGAGUCUAGAGUCAGAUAUUAAUGAGACCUCGCUUCAACACGUUACACUGAGACGCCACCUCUUUCACAGAUGGAUUGGUUUUAGUCCCUCAACAUUGUUACAAAUCACUUUUAUCACACCUUUUUAAAGAGUUUUUUUUUUUAUUAAAAAGGACAGUUUCUGUUCACUGCUCUGACUGAGCUUGUUUUUACACACUUGGGCCAAAAAGCUGUGCAACUCCUCAGUGGAGGUACUGGAUAAAGUUCAACAUUUAAUCAGUCCACGAUUAACAAGUCAGUGGAAGGAUGCAUUUUGCGCCGGUCGUCAGGUCUUUGGGGUUUUAAUGCAUUUCAUCUGCAGCUGUUUUUGUUGUCGCAGCUCGAAACCCGUUAAAUAGUGAAGGAAAGUGUUUUUAUUUCUGAUGUUAGAAUGUCGAAUGUUAAUUUUGCAAAAUAACAUGCAUAUUCCCAAACACACCUCAUUUGAAUGAAAUUUUGAUUUUGGAGAAUCACUUGAUGGUUUGUCUCCUUUGUUUUUUUUUUUUAUUGUACUAAUGUGAUUUUUUUUUUCCUUGUAAUAUUUUACUUGUUACAAUUCCUUUUGAUGUUUUUAUGUAAAAAUAUAAACUGAACUUGAGUUUCACUCUUUUGAAAAUAUGUCCCUUUAUUCUUUUGGCCGUGUGGCUUCAGCAUUUCUAUUUACCAUUUGAAAGGACCAAGGAGCGCAAGCAGGAGACCUCUGCACGGUGGAAACGUUUCAGAAGUUGUGACGUGCUGGAGCUGAGUCCUCUUUACAGCUUUGACCAUCUGUCACUUGAUGUAUAAACACCGUUAUUGCAGGUUUUCGUGCAAAUAACAAAAUGGAUUUUGGGUUUCUUUCCACGGACGUCCAUGUUUUCGGCUAAAUCAUCAGCGUCUAAUGUGCUCAGUGUUUACGCUAAUAAAGGAGGAAAA